CGCUCUGUCGUGCGACACAAGUGUGGGAUACCGGAAGUAAAGUGUGGGGUAUCGGAAUGGUAUGUAACACGAGUUUGUUAUGAUAACGUAGACGUCGCCGGCUGCUGCAUUGCAUCGCACGCGCACUUUUCAGUGAUUUCAUGACAUACUUGUUAACAUUCCACUUUUACUUAACAUAAAUUACGAUGUUGCUCAUCAAUUGUGCUCUUUUGUUAAAUUUGUUACUUGCGUGGCCCGUCUUCGGUGGUCCCGAGGAAGAGCAAGGAGUAAAAUAUGCUGACAAAUGUGAAGUGUGCAAGGUUGUGGCUACAGAACUUGAGGCCAGAUUGGAUGAAACAGGAAAGACUCAUGAUGUACUGGAGAUAGGAUAUUCUGUAGAUGAUAUCGCACCGAAAAAGAAAAAGGAUUAUAAGAAAUCAGAGCUGCGACUUCUAGAGAGCAUGGAAAAUGUUUGCGAGCGUAUAUUGGAAUACAACAUACACAAAGAACGUACAGAUAGUACAAGAUUCGCGAAAGGAAUGAGCCAGACAUUCAAAACACUCCAUGGUCUUGUGGAUAGGGGAGUCAAAGUUGAACUGGGUAUUCCUCAUGAACUGUGGGAUAAACCUUCGGUGGAGAUCACCACGUUAAAAACACAAUGUGAAGACAUGCUGGAAUCUUAUGAAAACGACAUUGAAGAAUGGUAUCACAAACACCAGGGAAAUAUUCCUUUAACCAGAUAUCUAUGCACUGAGCGUGUAUUGAAAGGGCAAAAUGAUUCUUGCUUGUAUGAGAAGAAUUACAGCAAGGAUACGAAGAAACAAAAGAAAAAAACGAAAAAGGUACCAAGCAAUACUGAAAAUGCCAAGGAGGACGAAAAUAUGAAGCAAGAAUUAUAAAAUGACGAGAAUAAAUUGCGUCAAAGAA